AUGGGCCUAUUGAAUAUUUUGAAAAAGUUGCGUUCAAAUCCAGAGAAGGAAUUGCGAUUACUAUUGCUUGGCCUUGACAAUGCUGGUAAAACGACACUUCUGAAGCAGUUAGCAUCUGAAGACGUGAAUCAGGUUACUCCUACUGCUGGGUUUAAUAUAAAAUCAGUUUUAUCAAAUGGUUUUAAGCUGAAUGUGUGGGAUAUCGGCGGCCAGAGAAAGAUCAGGCCAUACUGGAGGAAUUAUUUUGAGAAUACUGAUAUAUUGAUUUAUGUGGUAGACUGUUCUGAUCAUCAACGACUGGAGGAGACUAGCCACGAGUUAGCAGAAUUGCUUGAAGAUGAAAAGCUUCGUGGGGUACCUAUGCUGGUGUAUGCUAACAAGCAAGAUUUAGCUACUGCUCUGCCGUCAAGUGAAAUAGCAACCCACUUAGGCUUGCAUCUGAUAAGAGAUCGCACCUGGCAAAUACAGGCGUGCGUGGCGACAGACGGAACUGGAGUGAAGGAAGGCAUGGAGUGGGUCUGCAAAAAUAUUCCAACUAAAAAAUAA